CAGAACGUCACCGUGUCAUUUCAAGCCCGCUCCGAUUGGUCGAAUGUAUUCGUGACAACUUCCGGCGUAAUGGAGCACAAGAUUUGAAUUUACCUAGGCAUAGCUCCGUCUGCCACCUUUGUCUCUUUUAUUUACAGCAUCAGAAGCGCGUUUGAGCAGAGGAAACAAUGAGUGAUGAUACCUGCAAAUUAUUUGAAAGAGUUGCUCAAAAGAUGGGGUGGGCUGACAAGGGAGGACUGCAUACAGCAGAAAAAAAGCUGAUGAGCACAAUUGGCAAGACUCGUCAUGCUGCCACAAGUGGUCAUCGAUCUGUGAAUCGAUCAGCCUCACCUGUCCAGCUUGCCCUCUCUGACUGUGAAGAUGAUCCAGAGAAGGAGAACCAGUACUCCAAGGACAACAAUUACAGAAACAAGUCUUUAAUCGAGUCCAGUGAUGAUGAUGACUUUGACCAAUUUCUUGUGGGAAGGGCUACACCGAAAACUAAACCUACCUCACAGAAACCAUGUAGUGCUGCAAAGAAAGACAGUUCAAAUGUUCUUGUGCUGAGCUCGGACGAUGACGGAAGUUUUGAGACAUUUCUGCAACGAGUGAAAACCCCUAAUGCCAAGCCUAAGAAAAUAUCAGAGAGUGGGAGUGAAGAAAGCUACAAAAACUUCAUAGUGGAUGACUACUCAUCAGAUGAUGACUUUAUUGAAACAAAAUCAUCUUUUAAAGUCCCCAAGAAGAGCAAUACCCCAGCAGCCCAGCAUCCAUCAAGGAAACCACUGUCUCAGUGUGACUCCCCAGUCUUUGUUAGUGACAGUGAUGACGAUGAUAAUAUUGUGGUCAAGAGCACUUGGAGGACUCGUCACUCAAAACCAAAGCCCCCGUCAAAGGCUAACAAGAAUAAUGCUCUGCUGUGUGAUGAAGAGGACAGUUUGCCAUCACUGCCUUUGCCUCCCAUCCCUUCUCCUUUUUCUCUUCCUCCACACAAAACUCCAACAUCACUGGCUUCUCCCAAACGCACUCUUUCAGCACCUUCUAUGCUGGAUGAAUCAGCCAGUUCUGAGGAGGAGUUUACAUCCCUACUGGAGAGACUGAAAAAGAAAAACCAGUUCACUAGCACUUCAUUCUCACCUAUGAACAGCCACGAAUGCAAUAAGGAGCCUCCUGUGUCAGUUCCUCCUGUAAAGAGACUCACAACACCAGCCUCUAAAUCAUUAGGGGAAACACCUCUGCGUGUGAAGACACCCGGAAAAUCCACCAUCUUGAAGCCCAUAGUCAGUCAGACAGAGCCCAGACACGGCCCCACCAGCAGGGUAGCAUUGUGCAAGACCCCAGGGUGCUUCUUGCAGUCCUUAUCAAACCCUGGAUCCAGCUAUGGCCGCAAUUUUAAACAGAACAAGGAAGAACUCACCAGCAGACUCUACCAGCUGUACAAUACCAGUGUGUUUGACAGCAAGCUCCCCAUCAAUAUGUCAGUGACUUGGAAUAAGAAAAUGCGGAAAACAGCUGGUUACUGUAUCACGGGGCAGGAGCGAGGGGGAGGGAGUCGCUAUGCCCGCAUUGAACUGUCAGAAAAAGUCUGUGAUUCUGCAGAUCGCCUCAGGGACACACUAAUUCACGAGAUGUGUCACGCUGCAACCUGGUUGAUUAAUGGUGUAAGGGACGGGCACGGAAACUUGUGGAAGCUGUAUGCUCGCAAGUCCACACUGAUGCAUCCUGAGCUGCCCAUGGUCACUCGCUGCCACAGUUAUGACAUCAAGUACAAAUUCCAAUACCAGUGCACCCGCUGCCAGAAUACGAUCGGGCGUCAUACCAAGUCCCUGGACACACAGAGGUUCGUGUGUGCCCUCUGCACAGGACAACUGGUCCUACUGAUGCCUUCCAAGCCGCGUGCUCCCACACCUUUUGCCAACUUCGUCAAAGAGAAUUAUGGGACUGUACGACAGAAGCUAGCAGGGCAAAGCCAUGCGGAAGUGAUGCGUAAACUUAGUGCAGACUUUGCCUCCAAGACUAAACUCAGUCAAAGCUGAGAUCUUGACACUCACUGUACUUACAGCCAUGGACUGAGCUGCACAACCACUGGAAAACUGUUCAGAUUCUGAAAUACCUCAGUCAACUAGUCUUACAUCAGUGAGCAGCUGCGAUUAUUAUUAUUGAAUCUAUUUCUCAUGUAAUUUCUGUAUGUGGUUAUAGACUGGAUCUGCUGUAACUCCAAAAACUGAGGGGGGUGUGUGUGUGUCAAACAAACAAUGAAAUUCAUACCACCUGUUAUCUAAUAUAUACUGGAGAUCAGUUUCUUAAGGAAUUGGCAUUUACAGUACCUAGGUAAGUGUACAAUUAGAUCCAUAUCUAUGUAUUUUUUAUAUUUGACCUGUUUCAUUUUCUUGUUAUGAGCUCUAAAUAAAGUUUCAAUGAGUGAUUGUA